AUGCUUCGGGUAUUGCUUCGAGGGUUGGCUUCGGCCGCCACGCCCAAUCGGACGUUCCAGGACGUUGUGGUGAUUGGCGGCGGUCCCGCGGGGCUUCUGAUCCUUACUGCCCUUAAUAGUUCCCCGAAAACCCAGCAUUUACAGACUACCCUUGUCGAAGGAGGCUCGCUUGAACCUAUCCGUAACUUCAGCGUCAGCCCCCCUGAGGAGUAUACCAACCGGGUGGUGUCGUUGACGCCUAAGCUGGUGGAGUUUAUGAACUCGGUGAUGGGCUCGUGGCAGUUUAUGAACCAGGACCGCAUCAAGUUCUAUAAUGAGAUCAUUGCUUACGACGGACAAGACUCUCAAACACGCAUUGAGUUCGACGGGCUGACGGUCAAUGCUGGUUUCAUGGCAGUGAUGGCCGAGAAUAUCAACAUCCAGGCGUCGUUGUUGGACCGCCUCGAUCAAUUGGCCGAGGAAGGCGUCGAGUUCCAUAUCCGCGAUAAUACCAAGGUCCAGCUGAUUGAACACGGGAAUGAGGAAUUGGACUGGCCCAUUAUUAAAUUAGACGAUGGUCUGGAAAUCCAAACCCGUUUGCUUAUUGGUGCUGAUGGCUAUAACUCGCCGGCUCGCCACUACGCCCAAAUUCAGUCGAGAGGGUGGAUGUACAACCGGUGGGGGGUAGUGGCGACGGUGAAGAUGCAGUUUGAGGAUGUGCGUGCCGUGGGGUGGCAAAGAUUCUUGACCACGGGUCCGUUGGCGAUUUUGCCGCUUACUGAGGAUAACGCCACCAUCGUGUGGUCGCUGACUCCUGAGCUUCUGAAUAUCCUCAUCAAGUGUGACCCGGAGAUCUUCCCGCUUUUGGUGACGGCAGCGAUGAGAUUAGAGGAAGUGGACUUGAACUACGUCUACAAACUCUUGGAGAAGGACCCUUCGUCCAAGGAAGCCGUCAAAGAACUCAACUGGAGACUCAGUCGCAUCAACGAACAAGACGUGGAAUACCCUGCACCUGUGGUCGAUGUGGUCCCUAAAUCGCGGGCUAAGUUCCCCCUCAAGAUGUCCCACGCCGACAGUUACGUCGCUCCUCGCGUGGCCCUUGUCGGUGAUGCUGCUCACACCAUUCACCCGUUGGCGGGCCAAGGGCUCAACAUGGGUCAAUCAGACGUUGCCGCUUUGAUUGAAGCGCUUGAAGCCGCUACUACUAGAGGUCUCGAUAUCGGGAGCACCUUAGCCCUCGAACCGUACAUGCUGAACGCGUGGCCGGCGAACCACGCCCUCUUGGGUAUCUGUGACAAGUUGCACAAGGUGUUCUCGCUGGACUUUGGUCCUUUGGUAGCGGUGAGAGGGUUGGGGAUGCGCUCGCUCAAUUGGAUCCCUGGCGUUAAGGACUUGAUGGUUAAAGCCAUCAGCGGCAGAUAG